UUUUCGGCCGGGACAGUAACACGGCCACCCAGCAGUGAAAGUGAGAAAUAACUCCGUAAACUGGGAUAACUGUGAUCGCGAGAACUGAUGAGCGAACAAAAACACAUAUGAAGGGCAGCAGGAUGAAUGUGGAGACUCUCAGUAAAACUGAACUUCUGAUGCUGCUCAGCAUUCUGGAAGGAGAACUGGAAGCACAGGAUGUAGUCAUACACUCAUUCAGGGCACAACAGAGAGAUGCAUUUGUUCAGGAGCGAUAUGGACAGUAUGACCUCCGUGACCCCUUCAUAGCGCUGCUGAGGGACCGCGAGCUGACGCAGGCUCAGGAUGAUGGAGGGCAGAGUCCCGUGUGUCUGAACCCGCUGGGCGUGUUGAAGCUAGUGAUGGCCCACUGCACCAACAUGAAGGAGAAAAUGAUGAAACAGCUUGCCGCUGCAGAGAGGAGACAUCGACGGGUAAUUGCUGAUUUAGAAGAAGAGAAACGACGGCGUGCUCAAGACGCUGCUGCGGAUGAUGACAUCACUGCCAUGCUAGAGGCGGAACGAGACAGACUAUUGCAACAGCUGGAGUUCGAGAGGGGUCAAGUCCAGCGUUUAGAACGUGAGCAGUCAGUUCUGUCAAAUCAAGCUGAGGAAGAUUUAGCACAGCAGCAGCAGUUAUCCUCGACACUGGCUAAAGAAUGUCAGAAGGCUACAGCACGGGCAGAGGAGGAGAGUCAGCGUGUUGCAGACCUCAGCCGCCAACUGGAACAGGAGAGCAGUGCCAUCGAAAUCGUAAAACGAGAGCUCGAAAGCGAACAUGCUCGUGCUCAGCAGAUAGAGGCAAGAGCUGAGAAAAAGCUGGCUGAAUUUGAUAGAGAGCACAAGCAGAUGAGAGGGAAACUACUGAAGGAAGAAAAACGAUAUCAAGAGCUUUUGGAACAGUUCAAUAGUCUAAAGAAAGAGUUGGAUGAAAUUAAAGAAAGAGAAAAGGCCAGAAUAGAAAAGGAUAAUGAAGAAAAGGUCAAAAUCCCAGAGAAAGAUAUCACACCUUCAGGUAUCAUGCCUUCACUUAGUCAAACAGAAGUCGAUGGCAAAACUGUUGCAUCUAAAUCAUCUCCUCAACACAAACAAAAUGGUCAACACGCUCCCAGAGAGCCGGAGUCUCCAGCCGAAGAGAGGUGUAAGGAAGGGGGAUUGGCGGACAAUGGGGUAAUGCUCCCUGGAGGAAGUGGGGCCUUACAGUGUCUCUCCCCCAGCAGUCCUGCCUCGUCCUCCCUUAGCUCAUCUCCUUGCUCUUCCCCUGUACUGACCAAGCGUCUGGCCUCUCUAGGUUGCUCUAGUCCAACCUAUCCCUCCUCUUACCAGGCCAGUAUCAACCAACGAUUCCAAGCAGCACGCCACAAGUUUCAACAACAAGCUGAGGUAGACCAGCAACUUGGAGGAACUGUUGUCCACUCGCCCAGAGACCUCUCUCCCACUGCCGCCACUCCUCCUCCAACUCCAGACAAUUCUACUGCAAAGCAGAUGGCCCGCAACACUGUCACUCAGGUGCUUUCACGGUUCACAAGCCAACAAGUGGCAAAUAAACUCCCUCCAUCCAACAGCUCACCUUUUGGCACUGAUUACCGCAACCUGGCUGCGGUCUCCUCACCUACAGGGAAAAGCCCAGGAAUUCUCUCACCGGGGAUCCGCUCACCGAUAAUUCCUAGGGCGGAGAAGUUUCAUCCACCUCCUGUUCCUCCCAAAAAGCAGGGGGUCAACCAGUCUCCUAACUCACCGGUUCCUUCUGGCAAGGCCAGCCACUUCCCUGAGCUCACUGGGAGCUGUGGUCUCACCAGUAGUCAGGAAGAUGCUACAGAGCUUGACUUGGUUGUGUCAUCAUCUAGUUAACCAGCCUAGAGUACACAGCCAGUCCUUUGCCUUAUUCACUUCCGUGGCAUCUGAAGGACUCUUCACCCUAAUUUUCUAUUGUUGUAGUUGUCAAUUCUUGUCCUUCAGUACCCUGUUUUGGAUGUCUCCCUUAUCUGACACAGUUCUUGGAAAGUUUCUUAAAUAAGAAAGACAUCCAAAUUGUUCAGUGCUACGUACAAUACUCCACGAUUGAAAACUUUUGGUCUAGUGCAGGGUAGCUAACCCUGAUCCUGGAGAGCAAUUUGAUGAAACACACCUGAACCAGCUUAAGGCUGGUUCACACCGCAGGAUUAUUAGCCCCGAUUUUAGCCCCGAUUCACCCCUUCCGACAAUCUUAAGGAUGCUCCGAUUAUCAUAAAAUAAUCUGAUCAGAUAUUCCUGCCUUGUUUGGUGUGUUAAGACUGCUCUCGUCUGCUCGGAAGGAGGCCGGGACCGCUCCGAUCUCAAUUUUGUUUGGCCCGAUUUAUCAUCGUGUGUGUGUCCCCCGGGGACGAACGAGCGAGCAUGCAGCCUGUGAACUGUGGCAUGUAGCCAAUCAGAAAGCGAGGUGACGAGGCUUAGAGGAAGCACCGGCGGGAAACAAAAUCAAAACAGCCGGUGCCCGGCGGUAUAGUGCACCAGAAUGUCCGGUGGACUUUUUUUCCGUUAAAAACAAACUGCACUCUAUCGCCACUGCAUCCUUUUCGUCCGUCAUGAUUGUUUACUCUGAAGUCACGUUUGAUCUUGAGGGAUUUUACGAGAUUUUCCGUCUGACCUGGGAAUGCUUGGGAGUCAAAUCGGUUCGUGUGUGAUGUGUUGAUUUUGCCAUGUGGCUGCGCACCACACACUGUAUGACCAAAACUGUUAGACCCGUGAUUUUUUUAAUCGCCGUGUGUGGGGUCUCUCAGGUUUGGAAAACCGGCCGACAAUUUGGCAACCCCCAAAGGGUGUCCAAUCCUGUUUUUGAAGGGUCCAACCCUAAUUAAACACCUUAACCAGUCUUCAGGAUUGUGAGAAAUGUCCAGGCAGGUGUGUUGAUGCAUGUUUGAGGUAAACUUUGUAUGAAAGUAGUCCUCCAGGAGCAGGAUUAAACAUUCCUGCUGUAUCUACAUUAGACUGGUCUCUCAGAUGCAGUCAGGUAUAAGUGCACUCAGAGACGAUUCCCCCUAAAACAUUGGUAUCCCAGAACAAACCUUUUUCUGCACCUAACUCAUCCUGUCAAAUGUUGAAAGGUAACUAACGCUCACACACUUAACCAGCCUGUCAAAUUCUCCUCCUAUAAGAUUGAAUCUAUUUAUAUACUAUUUUAAUCUUUUAUAUAUAUAGAUAUUUUAUUCUGUUUUUAUUUUUUACAAAAGGAUUUUUAUUUAUCCUAAUAAAUAAUGUUAUUUGUUGUAAUUAGUCCAUUCCUAAUGACCUGCACAGAUAGAUAUGGAAGUAUAUAAAGUAAAAAUAUGUUAUGAAAUCAAGCACAUGCAAUACUGAUUGACCAAGUCUUCAACCAAUCUGUCAGUCUUUGGCUACUAAUGAGAAAAUUCUCAAUCUGUUUUGUGAGUGUGAGAUGUUUAUAUAUUGUUUAUGGUAAAAUGUAUAACUGUUAGUUUUCUGUCGAGCAGUCAUAUAAGAUGUGCAGUUACUGUUCUUCAGUCAAUGUCAAAAUUUACUACUGGAGAUAAUUUCUAAGGAACUAAUAUGAAGU